AGUGUGCUGCGUAAAACUGUAAAAGUGCAGAUCUGUAUCUUUUAAGUUUUUCGUGCCUUCGAGUAUAAGUAUUCUAUUUGAAAAUAAAACUGUUCAGUUUUAUUAGUUUUCGUUGUUUGUACUGCUCGUGAGUACUGUCAAGAUGCAGCGUGCAUCCAGUCCUGACUCUGAAGAAGAGCACGGUCAACUCUACCGAAGUUAUGUGCACGGUCUGGAUGCGGACGAUGUUGAUUCUGGACAGAAUCAACCCACACAGAGACCUCCGCAGAUGAAAGUGUGUGAAGCACUGAUGCCUGGAUCUGGGAGAGGAAUCCUGAAGGCAGAAGGACUACAAACUGAAGCUAAGAGCGGUACGGAUGCUGCAGACGUGGGUACUCUGAGCAGUGAGUUCAAGGACCAGAACGAACGGUUCCAGCGUUUGUCGGACGCGAAACUCCGCUCAGCGGGAGUGGGACGAGGCCGCAGUCGCAUGGCACCGUCUGAAAGCGGGAUGAAUUCAACGUUGAAUUCUGUGAACCAAAAGAAGAAAGUCACCUUCUUGGGAGUGUCUGUUACACACACAGCGCCACACAGUCGCUUCGCAAUCCUUGAUAAGGAGAAAGAGAAGGAAUUCACUGCACCGGUCGUCAAGGGACGCGAGGAGCAUGAACAUGCUCAUCAGAAGACAACAGCGUCCGUCCGAGUGGUUAACAACAUCUUAACCACAAAGACGCUGUUUAAGAAGGUGUGCGUGCUGGAUCGUAUGGAUCAGCUUACCCUGAUCCGUGGUGGAAUGCCAGCGGUGGAGCAGGAAUUGAUGAAGCCUUCGAUGGGCGAAUACGACCACCAGAACACUUCUCGACCGAGCGUACUGGGAAUGUUGCGAGACGUCAUGGUGGAGAAUGCCGAUGAUGUGUACGUGCUACAGGAGUGCACUCAGUUACUGGAAAGAGGUGCAUGGAAGGAUCUGCUUCUAAUCCUUCAGCAGCAUGUGCAGUUUUUGGAGUUGGUUCCUGAUACCAGAACGUUCAAGACAUCGGACGAUAUCUUGGCGGUGGCACAACCAGAGAUUCCCCAGUUUCAAGAGAUUCAUGCCGAUCAACAUGGAUACGGCAAGUUUGACAAACGGCGAUGCGAAGUGAACGCGCUGAUUAUUGCGCGGAAGCUGCCAAACGGAAAAGGCUUUUCGAUGGGGAAAAUUCGUUCCUCAGCCACGUUUAUGUUGGAGGUAGUGCAGUUUGUCGUCGACCACAUGGAAAUAGCCGAAAUGACACCAGUACUGGUGCCAUUGCCGGGAAAGCAGACUUUCUUCCAUCCGCGCCCAUCAGCUCUUCUUGUGGCUCAGCAGGUGAUAAACCACGCUUAUGGUGCUGGUCCGGAAUGGCGUGUUCAAGCGGAGACAGUGGUGCAGAACGACCAGCAGUUGUCAUUCGUCAAGGAGAAAGAAGCGAUGUUCUCCCAUGUGCGCAAGGCUGUCAAUGCGCUGGCCAACGUGGAAAAGUACUCUCCAUGGUACUGGCGUAUGCAUUACGCUGUGGUGGACCUGUCCGAGGCGUUGUCGGAGAAAUUCGGGAUUGUGAAGUUCGUCCCGCAGGAAGCUAGUGCACCAGUCAUUCGCGACUAUUCAUCCUGGAUGAACAUGCCGGAACCACUGCAAGAGCCAGCUCGAUUGGCUCAUGCACUGAACUUGGUACAGACGGCCUGUGCUAGUAUGGCACUGCAGGCGCAUAAGGAUGCGGCUAACAUCCUUGCAGAGUGGGGUUUGCCAGAGCCGUCCAAUCUGAUUACUUACAGUAAGGACAUCACUGCAGCCAUCAAGAAACUGGAGCAGCAGAAGAAGAACAACCCUGAACAAUACGCACGUAUUGUUCGUGCGGAGGUGGAAUGGCGCAAUUCCCUCCUGGCCUUGGACAACAUUGUGGAACUGGACGCGGAGAAAGCGGACAAAGUGGAUCAACUGUAGCGACGUGGAAAGCAGUGGAAGGACCGGGACCGGACCAUCAAUUUGGGCACGACUUGGAGCGAUCGCGUGGAGGAAUGGAUUCCCUUUAGUUGUAAGAAUAACAUGUUCCUGCUAUUUCCUUUUGUUCUUUGUCGGGUUUUGUGCCCGCGGACGUGCACCUUUGUUGAUGGGGAUAACAUGCUAUGGCGCAUGUACCACAGUACGAGUAUUGCUUUUGGUUAACUUGUAUGAGCUCCGGCACGCGUCUGUACGACGGUGCGGUUUGUCCUGUGUUAAGUGAUUUAUUACGAGUAAUUCCAUGUUGUAACACGCUGGGUUUUUACCUGAUUCUGGAGGCAGAAUCAGUCGAUCGAUU